AGAUACAUUGUAUGCACAAUGCGACACUGACUACAGGAUAGACAAUCCUUCUGCAUGGAUCUGCCAGAAAGGACUCUGGACAAGCAAUGUUUCAUUUGUACCAAAUUGCUUUACGCAAGGGGAGUCAUGUCACAACAGUUCUAUGUUGAUCAUUGUGGGCGGCGUUUUGUUUCUGUUUUUGAUCAUUUGAACCAUCGGUAAUGUGUAUCAGUACUAUGAACGUCGAAAGCUAAAGAAAGAUUCAAAGCGAUAUUCUCAAAUGGAUGCUGAACAUGGACAACAAAGAUGUUUUCGAUAUAAAAAGAUGCCUGAAUCUGCAGAGGAAUUAAAGAAACUUCUUAUUGAAGAAGACAAACCAAACGAUUCUCCAGAUGUUAUCUCACUCCACAGAAGGAAUAGAAUACAGGGUGCAAGAGACAAUGUCUCACAAAGCCAAAAUGUCCCAUCCGAAAGCCAACCACAGCUGCCAGAACCAUCUAAUAUCCCAGAUAUGAACGGAGGAAUUAUCGUAAAUGUUCACAAUAUCAUUGAGAACAAUAAUAAAAACCACGCCAUUGUUAACACAUCCGAUAGAAAUGCCGGCGAAAGUGAUGAAACUGAACGCAAAUCCGCCCGAGAAGAGGAUAGUGGCAACGAUACGCCACCACAAGAACAAUGUUUGCCACAUCAGGAGAACGACAACACUCCUGUUGAAGAGAGAGGAGUAUCAUAUCAGCCGGAAACUCCUGAUCCCAUUGACGUAUCGCAGGAACCAGAGAGGGUACCAAAUGAUUCCGUGCAAAUGCAGCCAGUAGCUGAUAAUGACGUACUAGCUCGACCUGAAGGGGUACCUAGUGUUAUGGAACCUAUGGAAUCAUCUCGACAUGGUAUUGAACAAUUGAAUGUCUACCCACCUGGUGGCACCGUACCUAUGAAGAACAUGUCAGCCGAUUCUGGUGCUUUUGUUGGAACUCAGCCACUAAAGCCUGAUAAUGAUUACACAGGAAAUAAUGAUUAUACGAGAGUAAGAGAUUCACGAGAUGCAGAUACGUCUAUUUCCCAAGAUGAAAGUCUGAAUAAUAACGAAGUUGACGAAGACGAUGACGCAAUGUCUUCACAAAGAGUAGUUGGCGAGCAUCAUACAGAUGAACAUGUCCAUUGAUGCAUAUGUAAUAACAUAACAUGUAGCAUGGACAUAAACGAAGUUACAAGGUUCUUCAACAAGAAAUUUUACUGAGAGGUUUUAUAGCGCCUUUAUAUAAUAUUUUAUAUGUACAAUACUCGUUAAGUUUUGUCUUCAAUUUAAGAGUAAUUAUCUAUAUUAGUAUGCUUCUGUUUAACGCGUUUUCUAUGUGAGAGCGAAUAUCCAAGGUAAAUCGCUCGCAGUGCAGCUUUUCAAAAAGUGUUUGAAGCUACAUUGUACUACUUUGUACAAAACAAACAAACAAACAUUAUUACCGUUUAUAACAGAUAUUUUAUGACUCACACACCGAAUCAAGUGCAUUGUAAAUUUACACUACCCACUUAAUGCAUUAAUAUGUUUAUAUUUUGUUUUAACUUCCGUUUUAAACUUAAACACGAAUGUAUAAUACGAAAAUUUAAUUGCAACGAACAGUUAAAAUAUUCAAUUACAAGAUAUUUGUCUAAAAUGUGAUCUUUGUGGGGAAAGAAUAAGUGUUUUUAGAGUUUCUGUAUAUUGAAAAAUUGAAAAAAACUUUAAACCUAUUGUAUAACAAGGAAAGGGAAUUAAACUUUACAAGUGAUACUUGGAAUAGAUCAGUACAUGUUAUAAUGUUAUACUUUAGUUACAUAGUUUGUAGUCGUUGAAGCACGAGGAAGUAUGUGUGAGGUUUGUAAAGUUAUAAGAUAUUUUUUUAAAACGUUUUUGUAUAUAUGUUUUAUAGUGCACAUUAUUCUGAUAGCUUAUG